UGCAAAUGCAAGCAAGCAUCUCUUUAGAACAGAAUCAUAUUGAGAAGGUUAUAAAUAUAUAGAUCAUAUUUAACUUUCUUCUCUUGAUCACUACUGCUUGUCACCACUUGAUCAAAACAAAAAAAGAGAAGAGAGAAACAAAUCAAUGGCUGAGGCUGCAGUGGGUUUUCUAAUCCAGAAACUUGGUGAUCUAUUAGUGCAAGAAGCCAUCAAUUUGCACGGAGUGAGAGACGAAGUGGAGUGGUUGGAACGAGAACUGCGGCGGAUGCAGUGCUUCUUAAAAGAUGCAGAUGCAAAGAAGAGCCAGGGAGAUGAUGAGAGAGUGAAGAACUGGGUCAGUGACAUGAGAGAUAUGGCUUUUGAAGUUGAGGACAUCGUUGACACUUUCAUGUAUUGCAAGCUGCGUAGACAACAGAGGCAGUCUGGUUGCAUUGGUUUCAUCAAGAGGUUUGUAUUUAUAUUUGAUGAAUUGGUCAGUAAACGAAAGAUUCAUGUGGAUGUUGAAGGGAUAAAAACUAAGUUGCAGGAGCUAUCUCAAAGUAGAUCAUUAUAUGGCAUUGAAACAAUUGGCACAACUAGUCAGUGUAGAAGUCAAGGCGUGAUUCCUAUAUUGCCCCAGCUGAGUGAUGACAUUGAUAUGGUCGGCUUUGAUGAUGAGAAGAAAAAGAUUGUGCAAGAGUUAGUGGACACAAACAAUACAAAUCGGUCAGUGAUCUCUAUAGUGGGUAUGGGUGGUCUAGGAAAGACCACACUUGCUAAAUCUGUUUAUAAUGAUUUUGAAGUUAAGAGAAGUUUUGAUAUAUUUGCAUGGGUAAUCAAAUCUCAACAAUAUACCAUCCAUGAGGUUUUGAAGAGAAUCUCGUCAGAAAUUUCAGCAACUCCAUCAGCUGACACAAUCCAAGACCUCUCGGUUGCUAUUUCUGAAAAAUUGAAGAAAGGCAAGUACUUGAUUGUUCUUGAUGAUGUUUGGAAAGAAGAUGUAUGGAAUGAAUUACUAAAAGUCUUUCCAAAUGUUAAUAAGGGAAGUAGAGUUAUUAUCACUACUCGCAUCACAAAUGUUGCUAUGAUUGCAAAUCCUACUACCAAACCACAUGAAUUGGGUUGCUUAGAUGAAAAGGAGAGUUGGGAGUUGUUUCUUCGCAAGGUCUUCCCAAAUCAAAAUAUUGAAACAUGUUGUCCAACAUAUUUGGUUGAUUAUGCUCAUCAACUUGUUCAAAGGUGUGGAGGUCUACCACUAGCACUAGUAGUUCUUGGAGGACUUGUCUCAAAGAAACCACAAACCCAAGAUGCAUGGCGGAAAGUUGUUGAGAGCAUGAAAGGGCAAUUUGUGGAAGGUGGAGAAAAGUGUUUAGAAAUAAUUGCAUUGAGUUACAAUGAUUUGCCAUAUUACUUGAAAUCAUGUUUUCUUUAUUUUGGUUGCUUCAAAGAGGACAUGACUAUUUAUGCAAAAACAUUAAUUAGAUUGUGGUCAGCAGAAGGUUUCUUACCAGUGAAAAAUGGUAAAAACCACGUAAGAAGUUGGAUUGGAUUGUUCUAG